AUGGGAGUACAGACUCUGGUCUCUGGGAAAUGGCUCGCUGACAUGGUCCGACGGAAUGUCGCCGGGCCUCGGCUGCGGAUCCUGGACACGUCCUGGUACCUGCCGAUGAUGAAACGCGACGGGAAGAAGGAGUUUGCACAGUCUCACAUCCCGGGAGCGUCUUUCUUCGAUAUCGACGAGUGCUCGGACAGAACCUCGAGGUUCGACCACACGCUGCCCUCCGAGGAGCUCUUCGCGGACUACGUUGGGAGUCUCGGGGUCGGAGGUGACAGCCAUGUGGUUGUCUAUGACGCCAGUGACUUCGGGGCAUUUUCCUGCACCAGGGUCUGGUGGAUGUUCCGCUUGUUCGGCCACCCGGAGGUGUCGGUGCUGAACGGGGGUUUCAGAAACUGGGUGAGAGAGGGUCACCCAGUCACAGGGAAGCUCACCCGGCCUGAGCGCGCCCACUUCCCCGCCACCAUGAACCGCUCCUGGGUCAAGUCAUUCGAGGACAUGACAGAAAACAUCGCGACUCAGAGCUUCCAGGUGGUGGACGUCAGGCCCUACGCGAGGUUCCAUGGGGAAGAGCCAGAACCAAGAGAGGGUGUCCAGCCGGGUCACAUCCCCGGCUCCAGGUGCAUGCCGUUCUUCAGGUUUCUGGAUGACGAGGGCAUGAUGCUGUCCCCACAGGAGCUGAGGAAGUUCUUUGAGAAGUCACAAGUGGACUUGAGCAAGCCCAUCUGUGGCUCCUGUGGCUCUGGGGUGACCGCCUGUCACAUGGUGCUGGCUGCCCACCUGUGUGGGGCCCCGGGGGCGUCGGUGUAUGAUGGAUCCUGGUACGAGUGGUUCACCAAGGCCCCGCCAGAGCACAUCGUCUCCACGGUCAAACGCUCUUAGGAAAAAAGAGAACUUUUAUGUGACUGAUUGAACCUUAAUGAAAGAUGAGAUUCACCUCAGAAAUGAGCAUAGGUUUAUAAAUCAAUGAUGUCUGGAUGCCUUUAGGACGAUUUGAAUGUACAAACAACAUAGAAGUAGGUCUGAGGCUUUUUAAUAUUUUUACAUUUAUAUAAUCAGGAGAUUAUAUAAAUGAGAAUAAUUGUAUAUUCUGAACAAAAUCUGGUGUCAAAACACAUCCUGCUACUGUCCUCUGGAGGAAGGGCACAACCUGCUGGUGCUUUAGGAGAUGUGCACUUUUAAAACGUGGCUUGGCUGAAUUUGUAAAUCCAGUUUUAUGCAACUUGUGUGUUAUGAAACACCUUUUGUAGCUAAAUAAAUGAGCUUCAGUGAGUUUUGA